AUGUCGGAGGACUAUGUCAUUGUCAAGUACGAUUAUCUCGCCCAAGAGGAACAAGAGUUAACAAUUAAAAAGAACGAACGGUUAAAACUGCUAGAUGACAGCAAAAACUGGUGGAAGGUGAGUGAGCCAGUGAUCGUUCAAACGAUAUUGAAGUGUUUCAGGUUGUGAACGAUGCGAACAACGUUGGAUUUGUGCCAUCAAACUAUGUGCGAAAGGAGUCGAUUGUGGACAAGGCAAAAGGCACAAUUAAGGGACUGGCGCGAGGUCGCAACCGAUCCUCAGAUCCCGAGCCAGUGAGUGUUCCUCUUUAACACAUACCCUUCAAAUGAGACGGCGGUGGCGGCGGCACAGCAGUCGGCUGUGAUGUCGCACACAGACAGUUCUCAUAACCGUCAAAACCAGUCCUCACGUGGAAGAUAGACUGUGUUUACACAGGCUUUUUGAUGCUGGCAUAAUGGUGUUCGAUAAUUAGAAUAGUCAACGUGAGGCGAUUGACCAACCUGCCUUCGAAGCGCUCGAAAAGUAUUAUAACAUAAUUGAUAAGGUUCUCUGUCGUUGCCAUUCCGUCCGUUAUCAGUCAGAAGGUAUCGAUCUUUUCUAUCCGACCUUUACAACUCAAACACAUGAUGUCACAGCUUGACGUUCCUUUAAAUGGUUUCCAUUUAUUUUGAAAUUGAUCGAUUUGUUUGGCGAAAACGUUUAAUAUGAACGAAAGUCAUCAAUUUUUGCUUGAACUGUCAGAUAUACCCAUUCGUUUUCUUUAUUUCUUUCUGAACCCUUUGUCGAAAAGUUAAUUACCGGCGAAACAAUGUUUUGCGCGUAAAAUAUUGGGUAUUGGGCCGCCUGGUGGGUCCUUUCCCGCACACUCGACCUCUCUCGCUCGUCAUCUUCCCGUUUUGUCUCUGUUCUCUGCGUUCGCUGCCUUUUUGACAGAUUGCCCUCUCAAUUCUCAAUUUCCGCUCUCGUUUCUCCACAAAUUUGCCCACAAUAUCAUCAUUUGACAGAGUAAAUUCCUCAAAAUUCGCACUUUUUCGUCCUCAAACCGUCGUAAAUGGUCGAACUGUCAGUGUUUGUGUAGGCGCGCGUAUUUGUAUGCUCGAAAUGGCCGCGCGUACGUAUCGAUAUCGUUAUCAUGCUCCAGGGCGACAAUGUACAGCGGGCAAAUGAGUUGGAUAGUCUACAGGCGCGCGAAAUGUCUCUCCCUCUGCCUCCGAUACGUUUUGUCUCAAUUGUCGGCCUUUUUCUCUCUUCACCCCGAAUCGUAUUUCUGCCUGUGUGUGGUUGCAUGCACAUUGCCUACGAGCUCAGCGCUCACUUUGUUUGCAUUUGUGACUGAAGGUAGCAGGUUGUGCUGCUCCUGGCCACGUACGCAAGAAGCGAGAAGGCUCGACACGAGAUCCCGCCACUUGGGACUCUUUUUCGUUAACUCUACGAGUGCCCAAUCGAAUUAACUAACGGUCGUUGCUCUUCUUAUCUGCAGCAUUCGUUCCGUAUCGAUUUUCGCUGCAUUGAAAAAGUUUUGGCACGCUAUCUCCUCACAUUAAGUUUUCAUGCAAGUAAACUCUCAUCGCAAGAUAGACUCUUCAAUGAGGAAGUUUUUCCACUCUCUUUUUCGGUUGUUUUUGUAGAACACUAAUGCGCUUUUUCCAGCAAUUUAUUUGGAAACAAAACGGGGCGAGAGAGAGAGAGAGAGAGAGAGAAAGAGAGAGAGGGAGAGACUGAAACUUCGAGAAUUGUCUCUCUUGCUCGUCUUUUUCGUUUCUAUUCCUUCACUCGCUCCGUUCUUUUUUCGACAGUAUAAUUUUCCAGGAAGAACGGCCAAACGGAAUCGAACGACUCGCUUUCAGCCUCAACAAUAACUGCGCCCUGACUCCUACAUCAACAAAUAAAGUAUGGAGAAAAAAUAAUAAUAUUGCAGGACAUGCUUUGAUUCUUUUCAGAUUUCCAUGAUGAGUACCAGAACGAAAGCGGUUGUGAAGUUCACGUACGAGCGCCGACUGGAUGACGAACUCGGGCUUCAAAAGGGGGAAUAUGUGUACGUCGUGGAGAAAAGCACGGACGGAUGGUGGAAAGGAGAGGCUCCGAACGGAACGACCGGCUGGUUCCCGUCGAAUUACGUUGAAGAGGUCGAGGCGUCUUCGAACGGAAAUCAAGGCAGCAUCGAAAACAGAAAUCCAUCGGCUGCUGCCCCGCCACCACCGCCAAUCCAGCAGAGUGUCGCAGCUCCGAGAGCUUCGUUGGAGGUACCUGUUUACCUUAUUUCAGUUUUGACUGUUUUCAUUGUUUCAGGUUGUAGUGGCACUCUACUCAUUCGAUGCGUCUUCGUCGGAAGAGCUCUCGUUCAAAAAAGGAGAACACCUUGAGAUUGUCGAUCAUCCCGCACAUGAUCCGGACUGGUGGCUUGCCAAAAAUGCAUACGGCACGACGGGACUUGUUCCCCGAAACUACAUCGAGGUAUAUUCGGCUGAAUCCCGCAGACAGUCCAGAAUUUGCAGGUUGUAAACGACAGCAAAGUGCCACAGCAAGAUUUCAAGCCGCAGUUUUCUGGAAAAGGAGAAUUGCCAAUGGAGCAGGAGCCGUGGUACUUUGGUCGUAUUUCGAGAGAUCGCGCUGAGGACCUUCUGCAGCAUGGACGCGAGGGAGAAUUUCUCGUGCGAGACUCGGAGAGCAAUGUAAGUCGCCGCCGAUUCCCUCUUUCGAAUGCAAAAUCCAUUUUCAGCCGGGCGAUCUGUCCAUCUCCAUGCGCGGAAUUGAGCGGAAUAAGCAUUUCAAAGUGCAAAACAUCGGCGGACAGCUGAAGAUCGGAAAUCGCACGUUCAUGAACAUGAGCGCUCUUAUCAAUCACUACACGACAAACCCGAUAUUCUCUUCUUCAACGGAAAAGCUGUGCUUGACUGGUCCUUUGCCUAAAUAAUUAUACAUUUCAAACUAAAAACCAUCAAUUUCAUGUGUUAUGUUGUCAUUGAACAGUCCCCCAUUCUCAAUCAAAUCCCACAAUUAGCCCUGUGUUUAGACAACUUUUAUUGAAUUGCCAUUCACCGUUUUGAUGUUUUUGAACGGUUGGUCACGGUUUUGGACUCAUCAAUUCUUAUUGUAUAUCAUUAACAUUUUUUAAUCGAUUUAUCCUAACCAUUAUUUCAUUUGAUGUUCCCAUUUCGUGGAAUUAUCAAAGAAUUCAGCUAUUUGCCAUAUGUGAUAGUGUAAAUGAAACGUUUAUUGGGCAAUGUUGACAGAUUCGGUUUUUAGAAAGAUGCUAUUUUCUCUCGAACAACUCAAUGCCGACGAAGCAUGAACAUGAAGGGUAUCACCAGAAAAGUCGUGUAGGCUGUCUUCAUCUUUUCAAUUGUUGACAUCAAAUAAUGCGCUUUGGAUUCACUGAGUUUCUCUUAAAACUUGACGCUUACCGGUUCAAAAAAAUAGUGAAAACUUCAAAUUUGCGGAAAGUAUGUCAAAUAACAAGCGUCACAAUCGUAGAGUCGAAUUCUUUCCCCUGGAAUCAGCGUCAACCCCUCGGAAGCGUGCUCCAUCCGCACUUUCAGUCCGCAUUCGUUCAAACGAUGCCCUGCGGCCCCUCCGCCACCGCCCUUUAAUCUCUCUUUCUUUGGGUCUUUUCCCGCCUCGCCCUCCACAUUUGAUCUACUCAGGUCGACUAUAAAAGGCCGAGAUUCGGCCAUUCCAGCCAUUCCUCCUCUUCUUGUUCUCGUCAUUCGUCUGCUCUCCCACUGGCCUCCGCCGGAACCAACCUUGCGGUGAAUCUAUUCACUCAUCUGUUCGAUUCGUGACGGCAAGCCAGCAUUGCUGCUUCCACGCAAUAUUUCUAUUCUUCGCGACACUUUUUAUUUGCUCCCUUUUUUUAUCCGCAAAUGUGAUGUUUUCAGGGUCGUUCAGCGUCGCCUGUGCACUUGAGCCCUGCGAUCGGAAAGUUAGGAUCUUUUAACGUCGUCUAUCCAGUCGAAAUUUACAAUCGGACAGUACAUCGGAAAGGGCACCACAGCACCCUCAAACUCAAUCAACAAAUUCGGUAAGCAAGGAAACAAGUAUAUUAUAGAACACUUUUUUUAUUUCCAGGUCUGCGCAAUGACCACAACGUUACAGGCGGUCGCCGUCUGUGACUUCUUCCCUCAGAAAGCGGACGAGAUCUAUGUGAGACGAGGAGAGGUCGUCAACGUAUUAGAGAUGGGCGCGGAUGACCGCUACAAGGUGCAGACAUCACUCGGAAUAACUGGUUGGUGCUCAGCUCGAGUGUUCAACGAACAACGGAUCAUGGACAACUUUAUUGCGCCUCGGUCUUUUCAAACGACCAGUACCGGACCGUCAUCCCGAAUACCGGUAUCACCUGAAUUGGGCCAGCGAGCUGACCCGUCCAAGCCACUCCUAACCCGCCAGAAUUACUUUCAGCACAACAAAAUGACCACACCAACAGAAGCUAUUGCAAUUUGUUCGUAUAUACCUCGAAAGAUCGAUGAAAUCUAUAUCAAACAAGGACAGGUCUUAAACGUUCUAGAGGUUGGCGUCGAUGGGCGCAUCAAAGUGCAAAGCCCCCUUGGAAGUGGAUAUGCAUGGUGUCCGGCGUGGUUGCUAAAGAAACAGUCCAUUAGCGGCGAAAUAAAGUCUCCAAUGUUCGAAUCAAGCAGUUCAUGGUGGUCACCACAGCAGGUAUGACCGGAAUCGGUCCAGCGAGCUGUCCCGUCCAAGCCAUCUCUAACGCGUCAGAAUUGUUUCCAGAGCAGUCCAGUCGUAAAGGCUAUCGCUAUCGCCUCGUUCUCCCCUCAGCUCCCCGAUGAAAUCUUCGUGGAGCAAGGACAGGUUGUUAUCGUCUUGGACUGCAGCGAAUUUAGCCGCUGGAAAAUUCACACAUCACACGGAGUAACUGGAUGGUGCUCCAGCCGAGUGCUCAACAUCCAUCGGACGAGCGAGUGGAAUUAUUUGUCAUCGAGGGAUCGUUUAUCAGUUGAGUCGGGCCAGCGAGCCGUCCCGUCUCAGUCAACGCCUACACGCCAGAUUCCACCAGUGCCAGUGGUAAGUAGUCGGAGGACUCAACGUACAGAUCAAUCAUGUCUUUCAGAUGAUUCAAGCUAUUGAGUCGUAUGAAGCGGUCGAGUUCAAUGAACUCUCUUUCAAGGAAGGCGCCAAGUUUGAUACCAUUGGAGGGGCGGAAGAAAACGAUGACUUCUUGUACGUCAGAGAUGUUCACGGAGUAAAGGGAUUUGUACCACGACGGUGCUUUAUUGUAUAUUUUAAGACAAAAUCUUGAUAGAACUAGUUAUUCUUUGCAGGAGCUCGAUUCCCGGAAACGACAGGUAUCAUCGCCGAAGCACACGUCCACUAAGAAAUUUGUGGUUGAUAUCCCCCAUCCGUCAACCCGUUCCCCACAAAAAGAAGCGACGUCGAUUUCUGGUCCACCACCACGACUUGCCCGAACCCCAUUAAGACUACCAGCUGAAUGGCCUCCGGCUAAGUUGACAAGAAGUCAGGUAAGUGGAGGGACAGUACCCCCCGGAUAGUCCACCACCCAUUUCCUGCAGAUUGUUUCUCAGAACAAUGAGUCUCGGGACAGUCAUCCAGGGAUUUACAAUUUAAUUAUUUCGAUUAUCAAUAAAUUACAGAAUCGCAAUGCCUCGAGCAUGCCCUCUGCCCUUCAAGGACGAACAAUUGAGAGGGAAACAUUUUACUACGGAAACAUCCCGCAGCAUUUCACUGAGGCUCUUCUUGAACGGGCUUGUAGAGGAACGUUCUUAGUUCGCUUCGAGCUCGAAGUGAGUUGCAGCCAGUUCUUCAUCUUCAAUGAAAAACAAUUUUCAGUCUGGCAAUUUGAUAUUGUCGGUGAGUGAUUCGGACGAAGUCCACCAUUUCAAAGUGUUAGAGGAGGGAGUCCAGUACAGACUCGGCAACGUGUUCUUUGAGUCGGUCGAUAAACUCAUCGAGCACUUCAAGCGUUUCCCGAUCUAUGGUUCCAAGAACAAUGCGCUGGUUCUCGGAGCGCCACUCGAGUAGUGAAUCCUCUCUGCUUUUUAAAAGCUCCCGUUAUUAUUUUCCUGUUUUUUCCUCUGAAAUCUGAAUUUCUGUUACUUGUUUUUUGUUACUCACCCGCACUCGUUACUUUGUUUUUACUCACGCUCACAUUGUUUUUGCUCCUCCCCAUUUUAUGUAUAUCAACAAGACACUAUCUGAAUGAAGCCAGUUGGGAGGACAAAACCUGUAUUUUCUUUUAAAAUUCAGAUCACGUUGACUAUUCGAUGCGAUUGAACUCCUUGUUCAGCUGCACUGGUCUCAACACUUAAGGAUUAACUGCGCUGGACGUUUUAUGAUUUGCCUAUCGUGUCCAGAGACUGAGAAGUGUUGUCUGACUAUUAUCACUUGUACAUGUCUCCCUGAAGGUUAGUAGAACAAUGCCAGAUCUCUGCACUGCUCGAUGAAUUAUCAAAUGAAAUCCCUGUCUUGAAUUAGACGAUAACUUCCGGCAAGUAAGGCGAAUGAAAAGCAGUGUUUUGGUAGUGAUUGGAGAGAGGAAAGGAAAUAGAGCAAAAGCUUGAAGACUUUGAAAAACCGUGAUACGCUCUGCUGUAGUUGCCCAAUGUGAUUAGAUGUUAAAGUUUCCGCAUACCCUAACAAAUAACACUUUCAAAGUUCGCCCAACUAUCAGAUAGGCGGUCUCGUUACAUGUAGUUUAAGUUUCUUGGAUACCUGUUAUUUUUUCUUUACAUAAAGUUUUCGGUAUUCAGAUGCCUUUCUCUCUUUGCUCGGAAAUGACGCCUGUGAUAUCUUUCAUUGUGGAGACGUCCAUGGGUUUGGCAUGCAAUAAAAUAUUAUACAAUGCCCGAAAUAAGAUUAGGACCCCCCCCCCCCUAAAUUUUGAACGUUCUGACGAAACGAGAAGAAAUUUCGAAUAUCUGUGAAUGCUAUUCGAUUUGGCACCCCCAAAGCCCAUUUGGGUCUAUCCGAAAACGUUUUGUACUCCUACACCAUAAAAAACGUUUUAACGUUUUUUUGGCCGGGAAAUAAGUUUAGGACCUCUCCAAAAUGAUAAACUUUUCUAUAAAACUGGCGAUUUGAGAGUCAAAAGUAUUGCAGAAUUGUUGUAACUACAGAAAAAAGCAUUUAGAUAUCAUCCGGCUAUCUGGUAAAUGCUGGAAUUUUCGUUUUGUAAACCCUAUUUUUUUAGUUGGUGCAAAAACAGUGAAUUCUGAAGCUAAUCGACUUUCAACGAGCAUAACCUUGUUGAAACUUCUUCGUUUCUCACCAGACUCGGACAAAAUGUCGUCAAUAACAUUGAUAAAAAGGAAAACAAUUUUGGUGUCUGGGGUCUUAGAAUAAAAGGUACUUCCUUGGAGUUCUACGAGCUGGUCACUGUUAAGUACUGGAAAUAAGGUCUACAAAAUGAGGUCUACAAAAUAAAGUCUCCGAUAGUACAGAUAUGUCCAGAUGAUGUCAAAACUCUAUUUUUAUUUUUUUUUACAUAAUACUGAUAGGAAUUUGGCCCAUGAUUUGACCAUUUUCGUAUUUUUUCAUGGGGGAGGGAGGGGGAGGUCCGAAACUUAUUUCGCAGCCGAAAAAACGUUAAAACGUUAUUUUAUGGUGUAGGAGUACAAAACGUUUUCGGAUAGACCCAAAUGGCCUUUGGGGGUUAUCUUGUAUGCCAAAUCGAAUGACAUAUACAGAUUUUUGAUAUCUCUUCUCAUUUUGUCAGAACGUUUAAAAUUUAGAGGGGUCCUAAACUUAUUUCGUACACUGUAUAUAUAUCGAUAACAGAAAUCCAUCGACCGCUGCCCCGCCAUCACCGCCAAUCCAGCAGAGUGUCGCAGCUCCGAGAGCUUUGUUGGAGUACCUGUUCACCUCAUUUAAGUUUUAAUUGUUUUAUUUGUUCCAGAUUGUCGUGGCGCUCUAUUCAUUCGAUGCGUUUUCAUCGAAAGGGCUCUCGUUCAAGAACAGGUUGAGAUUAUCGAUCUUCCCGGAACGUCGAAGCUCGUCCCCAAGAGUACAUCCAGAACAUCAUCAGGCAGUUUAUGAUCGGAAAUCACACGUUCAUGAAUGCCUUUUUCAAUCAAUGCACUAAUUUCAACCAUUAUAUUGAACUCAAUUUUUUCAUUAUGUGUAACAAGACUUUUUAAACCUGGGCCCGCUGCGCAGGCUGAGCUGCCGCUUGUUUCUUUCUGAUAACCGUUCGAAAGUUCACGAGUCCAGUUCUUAAUUUCUCCGUCACAACUAUUUCCGUUUUAGAAAUGAAAAAAUUUCCGGACAAAGAAAGAAAGAAAGAAAUGAACAGACUCCGUCAGCUUUUUAUUAAAUAAGAAUGAUUUUCAAAAAAUGCAACCAUUUGACUAUGUUUUAAUGCAAUGUAAAGCGUUUAUUGUUGCCUGGUUCUAUUUCAGAAAGGAAUUAUAUUUUCUUCAAACAGCUCAAUGCCGGUAAAACAAAAACGUGAAGGUUACCACUAGAAAAAACCUGGGAGCGGUCUAUAGCUUCUCAAUCAUAGAUAUCAAUCAAUGUGCUUCGGAUUCUCUGCCUUUGUCUCAAAACUUAACAUCAAUCGAUCAAGGAAACAUGUUUGAAAUCUUCAAAUUUGCGGAAAGUAUGUCAAAUAACAAGCGUCACAAUCGUAGAGUCGAAUUCUUUCCCCUGGAAUCAGCGUCAACCCCUCGGAAGCGUGCUCCAUCCGCACUUUCAGUCCGCAUUCGUUCAAACGAUGCCCUGCGGCCCCUCCGCCACCGCCCUUUAAUCUCUCUUUCUCUGGGUCUUUUCCCGCCUCGCCCUCCACAUUUGAUCUACUCAGGUCGACUAUAAAAGGCCGAGAUUCGGCCAUUCCAGCCAUUCCUCCUCUUCUUGUUCUCGUCAUUCGUCUGCUCGCCCACUGGCCUCCGCCGGAACCAACCUUGCGGUGAAUCUAUUCACUCAUCUGUUCGAUUCGUGACGGCAAGCCAGCAUUGCUGCUUCCACGCAAUAUUUCUAUUCUUCGCGACACUUUUUAUUUGCUCCCUUUUUUUUAUCCGCAAAUGUGAUGUUUUCAGGGUCGUUCAGCGUCGCCUGUGCACUUGAGCCCUGCGAUCGGAAAGUUAGGGUCUUUUAACGUCGUCUAUCCAGUCGAAAUUUACAAUCGGACAGUACAUCGGAAAGGGGACCACAGCACCCUCAAACUCAAUCAACAAAUUCGGUAAGCAAGGAAACAAGUAUAUUAUAGAACACUUUUUUUAUUUCCAGGUCCGCACAAUGACCACAACGUUACAGGCGGUCGCCGUCUGUGACUUCUUCCCUCAGAAAGCGGACGAGAUCUUCGUGGAGGAAGGACAGGUCGUCGACGUCUUAGAGUUUGGCGCCGAUUGCCGCUGGCUGAUCAAGGUACCAGAGGGAGGAGUGGGAUGGUGUCCCUCCCAACUGCUUAAGGAACGUUCGACCAGAGUCAAGGAGAAAUCUAGUCCGAAAUUUUCAUCAAACGGUGAGGAAUGUUCGUCAUCCAAAGCACCGGAAUCACCCAAAUCGGGUCAGAAAGCUGUCCCAGCUGAGCCAGUGCCGGUGGUAAGUAGUCGGAUAACUCCACGUACAAAUCAAUCAUGCCUUUCAGUUUAUUGAAGCAAUUGACUCUUAUGAGACGUCUGACAGAGAAGAGCUUUCCUUCGAGAAAGGAGACAAAUUCGAAAUCCUUGUAGACGAGGACGGCGAUGAAAUGUACGUCGAAGAUGCGCAAGGAAAUACAGGAUUUGUACCACGACGCUGCUUCAAGGUAUAUUUUCAGAUAAAAUCUUGAUACAACUAGAUAUUUUUUGCAGUGGGUCAAAAGCCGGAAGCGACAGGUAUCCUUUUCGGAAAAAAUUUCAUUGAUGGUAGUUGCUCAACCUUUUUCUCUUUGAAAUAGUUAAACUCACUUAGAGUUUUGUGUCAAACAGUCCGUUCAAUGCGAAUGAGUCAGGAGAACUCACGUUCAAGCAGGGCGAACGCUUUGACCUCGUCAGAGAAGUGUGCCAGGAUUGGCUCCGUGUACGUAAUGCGAAUGGAGACAUUGGUCUCGUUCCAAGACAAUUUCUCGACGUAUGUUUCACUUUUGAAUUUUUGAGUGAAUGACUGGCUUGCAGGUCCUCGAGAAUGAGGUUGAAACGGAAUCACCAGCUCGCUCGCCGUCAACAUCGCCGACGCCAACUGCUGGUCCAUCACCAUCACCAACCCAAACCUCAUCAAGAGUGCCACCUAGAUCUCCUCCUGAGGAGUGCACGACAACCGAGGUGGCUGUUCAGCUCGAUUGCCCUUCAAAUAAUCCAAUUCUUUCAGUUCGUCAGCGCGCGAAGCUCAUUCAAUGCGACGAAAAAACGUGAGCUUUCUGUCAAAAUUGGAGAACGGCUCCAAAUCCUGCAUCGCCACACUGACAAGAGAGACUUCUGGAGAGUCCAAAAUAGUGAGGGAAUCACGGGACUGGUCCCUCGCUGCCACCUGGACGUAUACUUUACAUUUCAUUUUUUAUUAAUGAUCGAUAAUUUGCAGAACGUCAAUGCCGCGAGAAAAAACUUCCGACUGGAGUCGUAUUUUUUUGCUAACCUCGAUCAGAGUAGGACGGAUAUUCUUCUCAAACGUGCUCCGAGAGGAAUGUUCCUGGUUCGAUCCGCGAUCGAAGUGAGUUGCAGCCAGUUCUUCGUCUUCAAUGAAAAACAAUUUUCAGCCUGAAAAUCUGAUUCUGUCGGUGCGUGGUUUGGACAAAGUCCACCAUUUCAACGUGUUCGGGGAGGGAGUCCGGUACAGAUUCGGCAACGAGUUCUUCGAGUCAGUCGAUCAACUCAUCGAGCACUUCAAGCGUUUCCCGAUCUAUGGUUCCAAGAACAAUGCGCUGGUUCUCGGAGAACCACUCGAGUAG